AUGGCUGAAGAACAACAAAAAUCAGGUCACAACAAUGGUGGAAACCUUAUUCCUACUCCUGAAGAAGUUGCUACAUUCUUGCCCAAAACCGUUGCAGAAGGUGAGUGGGAGAAGAAGUGGGAAGAAGGAGCAACUCAAUGGGACUUAGGAGGACCAACUCCGAUCAUUUCGCAUCUCAUCGACACUGGUUCAUUACCUAAUGGCAAAGCUCUAGUUCCUGGUUGUGGUACUGGACACGACGUGGUUGCGAUGGCAAGUCCCGAACGGUUUGUUGUUGGAUUGGAUAUUUCCGAAAAUGCUCUCAAGAAAGCUAAUGAGAGUUAUGGCUCAUCGCCAAAGGCAAAAUACUUCUCGUUCGUGGAAGAAGAUGUUUUCACUUGGCGUCCUAACGAAUUAUUCGACUCCAUCUUCGAUUACGUUUUCUUCUGUGCAAUUGAACCGGAGAUGCGACCUGCAUGGGCUAAAUCCAUGUAUGAACUCUUAAAACCCGACGGUGAACUCAUUACUCUCAUGUAUCCGAUUACUGACCAUGAAGGUGGACCUCCCUACAAAGUAGAUGUCUCUACGUACGAAGAUGUGUUGGUUCCGGUAGGGUUUAAGGCAGUGUCUAUCGAGGAGAAUCCACAUGCCAUUGCCACUCGUAAGGGCAAAGAGAAGCUUGGGAGGUGGAAGAAGAUCAACUGA